AGAGAGAGAGAGAGACAGAGACAGAGACACAGAGAGAGACAGAGAGAGACAGAGAGAGAGAGAGAGAGAGAGAGAGCGCCCGCAUGGGAGGAAUCAUGAACUCCAGCGCCGAAACUAAGAAGCCACCCUUGGCUCCCAAGCCCAAGUUUUUGGUGGGAAGUAAGCCUGCACCACCUCCCAUUGCACCCAAACCGGAUGUUGUGGUUUCUAAUGUCCUUUCAACAAAACCCUCGAAGCCCGCCAUAGCCCCCAAGCCAAAAGUUCCAAAGGGGUCCCCAGUUUCUGACACAAGGCUGUCCCCAUCCAGGAAAAACCUUGUCCCUCUGGAGGAACAGAAGCAGGAAUCAUCAGAACACUUAGACAAGCUUAAAUGUCAGAAUGGAGAGGACAAGACAACUCCUUAUAUCCUACCAGUGUGUUCAUCAAACACUGAAUGUAUUCACAACUGUGGGAAUGGAGACAAUUCCUGUGUUAAACACAUUGUUUUAGAGCAUCUUGAAACGCUUGAAAAUUUAGAAAACAUCAACAUUGAGGACUCUCUCUCAGUUGCAAAAGCUAAGAAAAAGAAUGAUGUUCAGAGUGAAAAAGUGGAGAAUAAAAACCGAGUAGUUUUCAAAGUUUCCAGCCUUCUGGAAGAGAAACUGGAAAAUGUUUUUUUAAUACCUUCUGGGUCCUCUCCUGCAGCUUUGCCUUUGAGGCACAGGUCUACUAACACUCAGGUAAUGAACGAGAGUUGCAAUGCUAACGGACGAUUCAACAUUGAUAGUGCAGCUUUAUCUCAGUCUCUCUCUGAUUUUGAUGAAGUUCCACAGACCCAUAACUGCCAUGUGAAGUUUCCUGGGGAUGGGAUCCAAAUGCUUGAGACCAGUCAGGAUUGGCCAGAAGUCAAAAUUAAUGGUGUUUGCUCAUCUGACCACGAAACUGUGGAAAAUGAUCCAGUGAACAGUGUUCAUUAUCUAGAGGGCGGCAAUCAGAAAUCAGAAGCUGAGGAAGUCACUCCCUUGGAAAAGCCCUUGGCAUCCUGCCACAAAAAUCUUCCAACCCCAAAGCCCAGAGUGCCUCGGACUGCCCGCCUAAUUCGGCAAGCGUAUGUUGAUGCUACAGGUGAAAGCACUGAUGAGCUAAGUAAUUCUCAAUGUGACCCCUCUCCUUCUAUUGAACAACAUGUGAAAAAAUCAAAUAAAACUACUCUUCUGGGGACUGUUGUUUUGUGUAACCAUGAACCUGAUGAUAAAGAGGAACAGGGAAGCAAGAAUAGAUUGACUGCUGACUCUGAGAGCAAAAAGUGUGCAGACCUAACACCUUCUGAAGGCCAGAAUGCUGCAUCUCCAGAAACCUCUCACAAUGUUGAAAGAGUUGAUGAUUGUCCACCUGCAGAUUUUAGCUUCCAUCCUGAAGGUAACACAGUAGCUGCUGCUGAUGUAUUGCCAAAUGUGGACAGAAGGGCUAGCUAUACAAAAUGUAAUAAGCAGUCAAUGAGUCUGCCAACACAGCUGAAGCUGCCUGCCCCCAGUUCUCUGCAUGGAUCUCCAUUUAAAACUGACAAAGAGGCUACCAUCAAUGAUGAAAGUCCUGUAAAAAUUGCCCCCAAAAAACCUCAGAGGCACAGCUUGCCAGCUGCUGGACGUCUUAAGAAAGCUGCCUCUGAAGAACUCAUAGAAAAUAGUUCCUAUCCUUCUGACGAAGAGAGAAGGUCAGGUGGAAUUCUGGACAAAUCUUGUCUUAGGCAUUUGGCCCCCAAAGAACAUAGUAUGGCAUCUUCCUUUGACGUGCCAAAGCUUAUCAAAACUUCGGAAAAACCAGUAUGGAAAUUACCUCAUCCUAUUCUGCCCUUUCCGGGGAGCCCAGAAUCUUUAAAAUCCUCCAGCCUGUCUCCCAAUAGUGAGUCCUUCCCUUCCCUCACCAAACCCAGAGCCAAGUCAUUGUCAGCAGUGGACAUGGACAGAUGCAAUAAGCCCUGUAAAGACCCUCAGAAGAAAAAUUCCUUGAAGAAAUUGCUUAAUAUGAAAUUGUCCAUCUGUUUCAUGAAGAGUGACUUUCCGAGAUUUCUGUCAAGGGGGGGCCAGGUUGGAGAGACAGCCUCAGGACGUCCUUCCAGUAGGGAAGGCAGAGGAAUUGAUAACAGUCAGCAAGGCAUGCCCUUGGCAGAUGAAAAGAGGGGUAAACCAGUUAAGUCGUAUUCGGCAGAAACACACAGCCCAGCCUCUCACAAGAAGAGGAGGAUGUAUCAGACUCAGGUGGACCUCCCUAAUGGUCCCAAAGCUGAAUCUUUGGAUGACCAAAUGCUCUCCAGGGAAGGGAUGCCAUCAACCCCUUUUAAUUCUGGAACAAGUAACUGUGCCCCAGAGUAUGAAAACAUAUGUCGCUAUGAGGAAACCCCAGAAUACGAGAAUUUGCCAUUUACCUUGGCUACACAUAAAACUCCAGAUUCUGAGUGGCAAAAUGCUAACACCAUGGAAGAUACUGAUGCAAAUAUAUAUGAGAUGGAAGAUCCUUAUGUAGCUGUAAAUAGCCAGGUUCAGCAAGCACCAGGACCUCUGCAUUCCAGGUCUCAUGAAGAUCACGUUGACCUGGACUUGGGUGAUCUUCCCUCCGAUGAAGAAGAAGCAAUCAGCAGCUCUGAUGAGGAUGUCAGCUCUGACUCUAGCAAAGGGGAGCCUGAUUCUCUAGAAGACAAGCAGGGUAAAGGCACUGGAAAGAGAAGCAAAGUUUAUCAUAUUGCCAAGGAGAUCAUGAGCUCCGAAAAAGUGUUUGUGGACGUGUUGAAACUUUUGCACAUUGAUUUCCGGGAUGCAGUAGCCCAGGCUUCCAGGCAGCUUGGAAAGCCAGUGAUUGAGGACAGAAUCCUGAAUCAGAUCUUGUACUACUUGCCUCAGCUCUAUGAACUCAAUCGAGAUCUUCUGAAAGAACUGGAAGAAAGGAUGCUGAACUGGAUUGAGCAACAGAGAAUAGCUGAUAUAUUUGUAAAGAAGGGGCCUUAUCUAAAAAUGUAUUCCACGUACAUAAAAGAAUUUGACAAGAAUGUAGCUCUUCUGGAUGAGCAGUGUAAGAAGAAUCCGAGCUUUGCUUCAGUGGUUAAAGAUUUUGAGAUGAGCCCGAGGUGUGCUAACCUGGCCAUAAAGCAUUACCUGCUCAAGCCUGUGCAGAGGAUCCCCCAAUAUAGGCUGCUCCUGACAGAUUAUUUGAAGAAUCUUUUGGAAGACUCUGCAGAUUAUAGGGAUACUCAAGAUGCCCUUGCUGUUGUCAUAGAGGUCGCUAACCACGCCAAUGACAUCAUGAAGCAGGGAGACAACUUUCAGAAGCUCAUGCAGAUUCAGUAUAGCUUAAGCGGACAUCACGAGAUAGUACAACCAGGAAGGGUCUUUCUGAAAGAAGGCACUUUGAUGAAAUUAUCCCGGAAGGUCAUGCAGCCAAGGAUGUUUUUUCUGUUUAACGAUGCUCUCUUGUACACAACACCUGUGCAGUCUGGGAUGUAUAAACUCAACAACAUGCUUUCUUUGGCUGGCAUGAAGGUUCGAAAACCAACCCAGGAAGCUUACCAGAAUGAGCUGAAGAUUGAAAGUGUGGAACGUUCCUUUAUUCUCUCAGCCAGCUCUGCUACAGAAAGGGAUGAAUGGUUACAAGCAAUCUCCCAGUCAAUUGAAGAAUACACCAAGAAGAAAAUCACAUUCUGUCCCUCCAAAAGUCUCGAUGAGACAGACACAGACAAGAAGGAAGAGAUGAGUCCCUUGGGCUCCAAAGCUCCCAUCUGGAUUCCUGACACUAGAGCCACCAUGUGCAUGGUGUGUACCAGUGAAUUCACACUCACCUGGAGGAGGCACCAUUGUCGGGCCUGUGGCAAGAUUGUCUGUCAAGCUUGUUCAUCUAAUAAGUGUGGCUUAGAUUACCUGAAAAACCAGCCAGCAAGAGUCUGUGAACACUGUUUUAAAGAACUGCAGAAACUAGAUCACCAGAAUUCACCUAAGACUGGCUCUCCAGCAAAUCACAAAUCUCCAUCAAGUGCCUUGUCUUCAGUCUUGCAUAGUAUUCCAUCUGGAAGGAAACAAAAAAAAAUCCCAGCUGCCCUUAAAGAAGUGUCCGCAAACACAGAAGACUCUACCAUGAGUGGCUACCUGUACCGGUCAAAGGGCAGUAAGAAACCAUGGAAACAUUUUUGGUUUGUGAUAAAAAAUAAAGUGCUCUACACAUACGCUGCAAGUGAGGAUGUUGCAGCCUUGGAAAGUCAGCCAUUAUUGGGAUUCACUGUUACUGAAGUUCAAGAUGAAAAUUCACAGUCCAGGGUGUUCCAACUAUUGCAUAAAAACGUCCUGUUUUACAUGUUCAAAGCAGAUGAUGCUCAUUCAGCUCAAAAGUGGAUAGAAGCAUUUCAAGAAGGCACAGUGCUGUAGCACCAUCUGCUUCAUCUCUUUUUGAUGCUUCCAGAGAACUAGAAUUUCAUCA